AACAGUAGCGGGAGUAUCCACGGGGUGAUGUCGACGACACGUGACGCCACCGCCACCGCCGCUUGAAUCUCUCUCUCGUCAUCACGCCCGGCCCGGCGUCGUCGCGGGGAAUCGAACGCGAGCGCGCGACGCGCCAACGACAUCACAAACCGCCUCCAUCGGCACGAGUUCCUCUCCUCCGCGCGCGCGAGUGCACGAGCGCGCGAACGUGCGAGCGCGCUCUCCAGGCACCCGACAGCUUCGCGCGCGAGCCACGCUUUAUUAGUCUAGCGCGGGCCAUCGUUGAACCCCUUUAGUCGCUUCUCUACGCUUCGCCUCGUCUCUCUCGCCUGGUCGCGAGCGUGCGUGCGCGCGCGCGUCUCGCCAUUGGCCAUCGGCCAUCGGAUCAACGAGAGACCGGACCUCGACCGUGGAGUUGCGAGUGAGCCUAAGCGUGAUAAUAGGAGCCGGCGUGUGUGAGGACACGGUGUGCGCGACACAGGGUGUCCUCUCGGCGAAAGAGAGGAAAGAGUCGCGAAGGAGGCGCGCGCGCGAGAAGGAAGAGAACCGAAGGUGGGGCCAACGUGUCAAAGAGAGCGGAAGGUCGAUGCGCCGCGCCGGAGGAAUACGGAGGAAGAGCGAGAGAGCGGUAUCCUUCGGUGAUACAGUGCGACCAGCACUCGUACCGGUAUCGGCCACGCCGAAGCAGCCAACGUCCGAGAACAUCCUUUUCCGGCACGCGGUGCGAGCGAUCCCAUUCGAAGAACGACAGCCAACUACCGAUUUAUUGGAUAAUUGCUCGAGAGCGUUUGCGAUUCAAUGUUCGGCGAAAUUCUACCGCGUGACCAUAUUCGGUUCCACGCGAGCUUGAAAACGCUGUCGGAAGUGGUGCAACCUGCACCAUUGGAAGAUCGAGCGCGCGCCAUCGACUCGCAAACUUUCAUACGGAAAUAACGACGAGCUCUUUGGCGUCUUGUCCUCCCUAAGGAUAGUUGAUAAUCGCCGAAUGUCUCUCAGCUCAAGUGUAUCACCCGUUCGUUCUCGUGAAAUAUUUACUGUGGCGCGAAACUGGCUUCUGUGUGAUAAUCGCCGGCGAAUAAUCGGGUAGUCCCAGGUGGAGGGGGUGUCUCAACGACGCCGUGACAUGUACGUGCGUUCAGCCGCGUCCUCCACGGCAUCGUCGUCGUCGAAGGUGGUGGCACGCGAGUCGGCGGUGGGCGCGAGAUUAGGCGCGAGGAUCACGUGGAUCAUCGGUACCGCGACAACGACCGGCGACGGGACAGGUUGAAAAGAUGCUGGCGCUCGCGAUGCGCCGCGAACACACGACCGGGCGCAGCAAUUACGAGCCCGCGAAUCCGCUCGCGGGAUUCGAGCACCUCCAGCACAACAAUGGCAAUCCGUUCGCGGUGGUGCCCGCCACAGCCGCCGCAGCCGCUGCCGCCGCCGCUGUCGAGGGCCGAGCGCGCGAUGCCAGGCCGGAGGCCGCCGAGGGUGAACUGCAAGAGUUCGUGGACAUUGCGCAAGUGCAACAGCUACUGCAGCAGCAGCAGCAGCAGCAGCAGCAACAGCAACAGCAGCAUCAGCAGCAACAACAUCACCAUCAUCCUCAUCAUCAUCAUCACCAGCAACAACAGCAACAGGCGACCGCGGCAGCCGCAUCCUGCAUCUGGGGAGCAGUCUAUCCACCGCCGCCGCCCGCGUUGGGAUAUCAUCAUCAUCACCAUCAUCACCAUCACGUGCCACCGCCGUCAGGCAGUCUGGCGAGUGAAGAUCUCUUGGACGAAGCGACCGCGGAGGAAGACGAGAACGGCGCGUCCGCGAGCAGGGAUCAUCGGCAGCAUCAUCAUCAUCAAGACGCGCGAAAUGCCGUCACGUCGAACGCGCCCUCCUCGAGCAGUCCGCCGUCGCGUCAUCAUCAGACGACUCAGGACGAGGCGGAUCGCUGCAACGCGCUGCAGAGUGGUGUAAUUUUGUACUCACCGCAUUCCACGUCCACUGCGCCUGCGACGAGCGUAAAUAUCUGCAACGUCCCCACGUUGACUUAUCGCGGCGUCUUCACCACGACCUGCACGCAGUCCUCGCCUCUGAGCAACCUCCAGGGCGAACAGCAGCAGCAACAGCAGCAACCGCAACAGCCGGCGGGUCAAGAGCUGUGGCCGCCGUUACCGUCUCCAACCUUAACCUUGGCGGGCCAGCCGUUCCUUCACCCCAAUUUACACUCGACCGCGUACAGCGGCGAAACCGUCGAAUUACUGCAGGUCGAUUCGAAGCCACCCCCGCCGCCGGGUUAUCACGAUACGGCGACUACCACCCCCGCGACCUGGCUGACGGGUCACGAGGACGCCUACGAUCCCGGUCUCCUCUCCCACCACCACUCUCAUACUCAUCACCAGGAGACAACGUUGAAGCAGGAGCCGACCGGCACCGGUUACACUCCCAGCGUACAACAGCCGCAACAAGCUCAGGCGCAGGCUCAGCAACAGCAGCAACAAGCUCCGCCGUCUACCACCUGCGGUAGCACGGGGGUCCAGCUGGCCGAGUACAAUCCGAGCACAUCCAAGGGCCACGAAAUCCUCUCUCAGGUCUAUCAGCAGAGUGCACUACCGCUUCGCUUGGUCCCCGUGAAGCCACGAAAGUAUCCGAAUCGACCGAGCAAGACGCCGGUCCACGAGCGGCCCUACGCCUGUCCGGUGGACGGCUGCGAUCGCAGGUUCUCCCGCAGCGACGAGCUUACCCGGCACAUACGCAUCCAUACCGGGCAGAAACCGUUCCAGUGUCGCAUCUGCAUGCGCUCGUUCUCGAGGAGCGAUCACCUGACCACUCACGUGCGCACACACACCGGCGAAAAACCCUUUUGCUGUGAUCAGUGCGGCCGAAAGUUCGCCAGGAGCGAUGAGAAGAAGCGCCAUGCGAAGGUACAUCUCAAGCAGAGGCUGAAGCGCGAGGCCUCGCACUCUAAUCCGAGAUCCCAUCAUCAGAGCCACGCGUCGUCACCCUGCAAUCAAUGAAUUCCAUGACAACGAUGUUGAAAAGUCUCCUUUAACGUUGAGAUCUCAUCAAGUCGGUCACUUUCUGACAAAUUGUGAUCUAUGUCUCCCCGAUUCUACUUCUCCUCCUAUUAUCUCUUGUCUCUCUCCCUCUCCCUCUCUUUCGCUCUACUCUUUCUCACCCAUCGCUCGCUCGCUCCCUCCCUCCCUCCUUUCCCUGCGUCUCUCAUGAUGACCGAUGAAGAAAUCGCGGAAAUCUUUAGGCGGUCAAAAUUGAUCCGUCACCGACUGAUCCGUCAUUUAUUGUCGGUCUAUUAAAUCUUUAUAUUAUCUUAAAACAUAGCUGGACAAAUUAAUUGAAUAUUAUGAGCAGAGGAAUUCUUUGAAGUUUUCGCUAUCGUAUCUACAAAUCACAAGAAUAAAUAAUAAACAAUUUGCUCAUUCUGAAAAUCAUUAUAAGUUAAAAAAGAAAGAAUUAAAUGUCGCAUAUGCAAUUCUUAUCAUUCGCGAGAGAACGAUUAACUUCAUGUAUUUUAAGAUGAAAUUUGUAAAAAUACGGUUUACUCAUUGUACAAAAAUAAUCUUUCUUGCGUCAUAGCGAAAAAUCGAAGUACUUAAAAUAUACACACAUUCUGUGUGAUCAUUGAAAACGAGUUCGCAGUUGAAUAGAAGCAACCACAAUGAAGUGAAAGUUAAUCGUUCGAUUAUAAAAAAAAUCCCAUUCUUAAAAUAGAAAAAUGACAGACAUUAUUCCGCUUUACAUGUACUUCGUGUCUUAGCUUGUAUCUAGAUACGAAAUGUAAACUCUCUCCCUCUCUCUCUCUCUCUCUCUCUCUCUCUCUCUCUCUCUGUCUCCCUUCUACGCGAAAUAUUCGGGGUAGCAUUGCAUAUCUAGAUACCAUUGAACGAAGUAAGAGCAUUUUCGUGCUAUUGUAUAACACGAAAUCGAUACCAUCCACAGCUUCCGGGAAUCGUAGAGCAAAGCGGAAAACAUAGAGAGAGAGAGAGAGGAGGGGAGGGAGGGAGAGAUGAUAAAAGAGAUAGAGAGGGUGGGAUGAAAAGGAACAAUGUGUCUCAAUUGCAUGCGAACGACUCUGUGCAAUGUAAUGCUAUGUAAAACGAUAAAGUAUUAUAUAUCGACUCGUUCCGUGGUCAAUAUGAGAGAAGCGGGUUUCAAUAUUUAAGAACAUAUAUCUCUCCUAUCCCGCCCCCUCCACCCUACUCCACUUCACCCCGUUAAGAGCGCAAUUUAAAAGACCCAUGCGGUUCGAGUGCAAUUUCCAAGAAAUUCAUAUUUUCAUGGAGCUGUAUACUUAUAGGUAGGCCAAUCUUAAGGAAGGCGGGACUUGUUGAUAAGGUUCGCGGCAAUGGAACUAGAGAUAUUUUUUUAUUAAGUAUAUAUUUGUAUAUAUAACUAUGAUUCAUACUCUGAAUCUCUCUUUCUCAAGCAAAAAGAAAGAAAAAUGGUCAAAAGUAUUUAUUUUUGAAAAAGAUUUUAUGGAAUUGUGUUAGAAGACGUAUAGAUGCUUUAAAAAAAAAAAAGGAAUAAAAGUUCCUCUUCUCGCAAUUAAUGUUGUUAAAAAGUUAGUUUCGACGAUUGUUAAAUUUUUCGCGAUUCUAUACUUUCCCCGCCAUUGAAACUGUGCAAUAUAUUUUUGUAAAUUUCCCCGCAUAAUAAUUCUCACCGAAUUUUCAUUUUGCAGCGAUCGCUUUUCUUUCCCUUUCGUCUCCCUCCCCAUUUUUUUUUACUGUUUUCGUUGGCCUUUGCACUUUUAUGUUCUCAUGCUGUAUUUUCUUCGUGCUCCGAACACGCUAAAUCUCGGCUGUCUCCGUCAAAUACUUCCAAUUCUCAAUCAUUCUUUCGCCUUCAACCCCCUCCCUCCUCUUUCCCACAUUGCUGUAAAAAAAUUCCACGACUAAUUAUAAUUAAACGUGAUUAUCGUUGUUGAAAGAAAUAUUUCAUGUACAUAUGUAUAUAACUUAUUAUACAUAAUUGCUGUAUGUAUGUAAAAUCUAACGUUCUCUUGCCAUCUCCUCUUCCCUCGUCCCUUUCUUUUCUUUUCUUCAUUUCACAUUAUUAUCACGUACGUGUAUACAUAUAUUUAGCGAUUGUUAAUGUUAUGUAUAUGUUGCUCUAUUUAUUAACAAGAUGACUAUAUCAAAUGAAUAUAUUGUUAAAGUUAAAUCAUUAUUUUUAUUAUUGUAACGUGACUAUUCUGACGUGCAAUGCGUUGCAGCAAUGACAGAGAUGAUAUGGUAUCUAAGCUUUUAUGAAAUGUAAACGUAAAUUCGCAUAUGUAUACAUACAUGCGCGUACACAUACACAUAUACAUAUACGAAACAACACACAACACACACAUCAUAUGCGAACGCGAUGAUACACACUAUAUAAAUUGUAAACGCAAUGUAAUGCAAGCGCGUCCCCAAGAGAAUACUUUUUUUACAGAUAGUAUUAUCCUAUCGCUAGAUAAAUUAAAUGUAAUUAUUAUACAUAUUGCGCUCCGGGUGCAAUGCACAUAACAAGAGCUCCCAGCUACCUGUAUAUUCGUGUUGUCAUCAUCGCUCCUGCAUAUGCUUCUCUUUGCAAAGCGGGUAACGCGAACAAUCUUGCAACAAUUAUUAACAGAAAUACAAUUAACAUUGACUCGAGGCCAAGUUGUUUUGAUUAUUUUCGUAACCCUUUCACAAGAAUUGUAUGCAAACCGUUUACAAAGAAGGGAUUAAACGAUUGGUGGAUGCAUUCCUUGAGCAAUUCGGAGUCGAUUUCAAAGUUUUCUCGGCGAGAUAGAAAUUUUAUCAUUAAUUAAGUUUUAAAUCAAAAUUCUUGCUCCAAAGUUUGCUCAAAAUUACGAAAAAAAUUUUAUUUAUAUUUUUAUUUCGGAAUUCUUUUUGAUCUAAAAUUUAUUAUUUCUUAAUAUAAAAAAAUUAAUAUUUUUAUUAAAAGUCAGCCUUGCGUAUUGCUCAAGGAACAUGCCGUCAAGUUUUAAACACUUGAACCUUUCUUCGAUGCUCUGUGUUACAAACACAAAACGUAUACAACAAGCUCGCGGAGCAUUAGUCCACGCACGAUCGUAAGCAUUCCGAUAGUAUUAAGGCAAAUUAACUUUCAUUGAAAAUCCUAAAAUUCGCAACGUCCAGUCGAUUGAUUUGGAUUGAAAUUUGAAUCCAAUUAUAAGAUGAUAAAUAAAAAUAUUAUUUGUAAAA